GCGUUCCCUCCGCGCGCGGCGAGGCCGAGACGUCGCCCGCGGUGACGGCGUGUGAGGCGGGGAGCCGGCGCUCUCCCAGCCCCGGGAAAGCCCCGGCAACGCGACGGCUGGGGUCCCUCGGAGCCGCCUGGACGCGCCGCGCUGCUCGCCUUCCUGCCCCUCCCGGCAGGGAUCCCCCCGCUGCCGGUGGUCGGGACUCCGGGCCUCUCCCGGGCUCCGUCCCGAGCCCGCGCCCCAGGUCGGGCAUUUCUGGGGGUCUUCGGGCGGCUUUUCCUUGCUCCGAAAAUUGGCGCCUAAGGACCCCUUCCUACGCCCCGCGCCCCGGCCCCGGCCUUCGCGCUCCAGAUGCGCUGCCCUGCAGCUCCCUGAAAGCUGCGAGCCCACGAGCCCGGCCGGCGGGCGGCGGCGGCGGACUGACAUGCCCCGGACGCGGCUGCGGCCGGCGGGCAGCCCGCGGGGGCGAUGAGCCUCGGCGGCCGAUGAGGAGCUGGGCGGCAGGGGCGACGCACAUCUUCCUCACCCCUUCAUUUGCCCACUCCUCUCGGGAGACCCAGAGGAAACGGUCUCUGGCCCAUCAGGAGGACCAUUGGUGUUGCGGUGGAAGCCAGUGGCUAAGUCUUGUGUAUGGCGUGGUUAAGGUUGCAGCCUCUCACCUCUGCCUUCCUCCAUUUUGGGCUGAUUACUUUUGCGCUCUUCCUGAAUGGUCUUCGGGCAGAGGCUGGUGGCUCAGGGGAUGUCCCCAGCACAGGGCAAAACAAUGAGUCCUGUUCAGGGUCAUCAGACUGCAAGGAGGGUGUUAUCUUACCAAUCUGGUACCCAGAGAACCCUUCCCUUGGGGAUAAGAUUGCCAGGGUCAUUGUCUAUUUUGUGGCCCUAAUAUACAUGUUCCUUGGAGUAUCCAUCAUUGCUGACCGCUUCAUGGCAUCUAUUGAAGUCAUCACUUCUCAAGAGAGAGAGGUGACUAUCAAAAAGCCCAAUGGAGAGACCAGCACAACAACUAUUCGGGUGUGGAAUGAAACUGUCUCCAACCUGACGCUUAUGGCCCUGGGUUCUUCUGCUCCUGAGAUCCUCCUCUCUUUAAUUGAGGUGUGUGGUCAUGGAUUCAUUGCUGGUGAUCUAGGACCGUCUACCAUUGUAGGCAGUGCAGCCUUCAAUAUGUUCAUCAUCAUUGGCAUCUGUGUAUAUGUGAUCCCUGAUGGAGAGACUCGCAAGAUCAAGCACCUGCGAGUUUUCUUCGUCACUGCUGCGUGGAGCAUCUUUGCCUACAUCUGGCUCUACAUGAUCCUGGCAGUCUUCUCUCCUGGUGUGGUCCAGGUUUGGGAAGGCCUCCUCACUCUCUUCUUUUUUCCAGUGUGUGUCUUUCUGGCCUGGUUGGCAGAUAGGCGACUCCUCUUCUACAAAUACAUGCACAAAAAGUAUCGCACAGAUAAACACCGGGGAAUUAUCAUAGAGACAGAGGGUGACCACCCCAAGGGCAUUGAGAUGGAUGGGAAAAUGAUGAAUUCCCACUUCCUAGAUGGGAAUCUGGUGCCCCUGGAAGGGAAGGAAGUGGAUGAGUCCCGCAGGGAGAUGAUCCGGAUUCUUAAGGAUCUAAAGCAAAAACACCCAGAGAAGGAUUUAGAUCAGCUGGUAGAGAUGGCCAAUUACUAUGCUCUCUCCCAUCAGCAGAAGAGCCGCGCCUUCUACCGGAUUCAAGCCACCCGUAUGAUGACUGGUGCAGGCAAUAUCCUGAAGAAACAUGCUGCAGAACAAGCCAAAAAGUCUUCCAGCAUGAGUGAGGUGCACACUGAUGAGCCUGAGGACUUUGUCUCCAAGGUCUUCUUUGACCCAUGCUCUUACCAGUGCCUGGAGAACUGUGGGGCUGUCCUCCUGACUGUGGUGAGGAAAGGGGGGGACACAUCCAAGACCAUGUAUGUGGACUACAAAACAGAGGAUGGUUCUGCCAAUGCAGGAGCUGACUAUGAAUUCACAGAGGGCACCGUGAUUCUGAAGCCAGGAGAGACCCACAAGGAGUUCUCUGUGGGCAUCAUCGAUGAUGACAUUUUUGAGGAGGAUGAACACUUCUUUGUCAGGUUGAGCAAUGUCCGCAUAGAAGAGGAGCAGCCAGAGGAGGGGAUGUCUCCACCUAUACUUAAUAGUCUUCCCUUACCUCGGGCUGUCCUGGUGUCUCCUUGUGUGGCCACUGUCACUAUCUUGGAUGAUGACCAUGCAGGCAUCUUCACUUUUGAAUGUGACACUAUUCAUGUCAGUGAGAGUAUUGGUGUCAUGGAGGUCAAGGUUCUGCGGACAUCAGGUGCCCGGGGCACAGUCAUCGUCCCCUUUAGGACAGUAGAAGGGACAGCCAAGGGUGGUGGUGAGGAUUUUGAAGACACAUAUGGGGAGCUGGAGUUCAAGAAUGAUGAAACUGUCAAAACAAUUCACAUCAAGGUAAUUGAUGAUGAGGCGUAUGAGAAAAACAAGAAUUACUUCAUUGAGAUGAUGGGUCCCCGCAUGGUGGAUAUGAGUUUUCAGAAAGCGCUCCUGUUGUCUCCAGAGGUGACAGACAGGAAGCUGACUGUGGAGGAAGAGGAAGCCAAGAGGAUAGCAGAAAUGGGAAAGCCAGUAUUGGGUGAACACCCCAAACUAGAGGUCAUCAUUGAAGAGUCCUAUGAGUUCAAGAGCACAGUGGACAAACUGAUCAAGAAGACCAAUCUGGCCUUGGUUGUGGGGACCCAUUCCUGGAGGGACCAAUUCAUGGAGGCCAUCACUGUCAGUGCAGCAGGGGACGAGGAUGAGGAUGAGUCAGGUGAGGAGAGGCUGCCGUCUUGCUUUGACUACGUCAUGCACUUCCUGACCGUCUUCUGGAAGGUGCUGUUUGCCUGCGUGCCCCCCACAGAGUACUGCAAUGGCUGGGCCUGCUUCGUCGUCUCCAUCCUCAUCAUCGGCAUGCUCACGGCCAUAAUCGGGGACCUGGCCUCCCACUUUGGCUGUACCAUUGGCCUCAAGGACUCCGUCACAGCUGUUGUUUUCGUGGCGUUUGGCACCUCUGUACCAGAUACGUUUGCCAGCAAAGCUGCCGCCAUCCAGGACGUGUAUGCAGAUGCCUCCAUUGGCAACGUCACAGGUAGCAACGCAGUCAAUGUCUUCCUGGGCAUUGGCCUGGCCUGGUCCGUGGCCGCCAUCUACUGGGCCAUGCAGGGACAGGAGUUCCACGUGUCUGCAGGCACACUGGCCUUCUCCGUCACCCUCUUCACCAUCUUCGCAUUUGUCUGUAUCAGCGUGCUUUUGUACCGCCGCAGGCCCCACCUAGGCGGGGAGCUAGGUGGCCCUCGUGGCUGCAAGCUUGCCACGACUUCGCUCUUUGUGAGCCUGUGGCUUCUCUACAUACUCUUUGCCUCGCUGGAGGCCUAUUGCUACAUCAAGGGGUUCUAAGCCACAGAUGAGGCCUUGAGCAGGGCAGGCCGAGGACUUCUUCUGCAAGGACACUUCACCACCAGGGACCUUCCCGGGAUGAGCAGCCCUGGAGAGGCAGCUUCAGGACGCAAGCCCCAGGAACUUCACACAACCUGCGCCCUGGCGGUGAUCUGGAAGGGCGGUCUUAAUCCGUCAAACAGAAUGGAGGAAACAUCCAGUGUACUGAGUGUUUAAUUCAGUACAAACCAACAACAGCAACAAAUCCACCUCCACCCAUCUCCCCACCCGUGUCCCUGACCCGUAGCAAAGGUCAGAUCCUUUCACCUUCUUCUGUUUCACCUUCUGAUUAUUCCUGUGCUUUUGUACCUUCCUUGAGGGCAGGGAGGGUUCCUCCUUUCUGUCCCAUCCAAUGCCCCCUGUUUUCGCAGCUGGUGGGUUGUGAAAGUGAGGCAUAGCCAUGUGGCUGGUUCGGGGUUCUCUUUUCAUGAUGAAAAUGAUGACAAUGAUGAUUGUCAUCAUUAUUGUGGUUGCUUUUGUUUUUCCAUCAGAUUUUGCUCAUCGUCCAUUUGUUUUGCCUUUUCUUUCUGACGUUAGUGCCAAAGGUGCUGUGAAGGAAGGUCUUAGCUGAGGGACAGGGACAUGAAUUUUCACACCCUCUCCCACUCCCUGGUUGGCAGGUGCCUCUUGGCUCCAUCAAGGUCUUGUCCAUCUCCUUUUUGCCUCUGAAUUCUUAGGUGGACUGAUGACGUUUAGGUGGAAGUCAGUUUGUGCGCCCACGCAGGGCACUAAAAAACAAGGGUGGUGGCUGGAGCAGGAGAAGCUUCAUAGGCUUAUGUCAAAAUCAAGUUCAAAAGAAAAAGUCAUUGUUCUCUUCCUUGCCAAGCCUUUCAAAUUCUGUCUCGUGGUGUCGAUGCCUAUAUGCUUCUUCUGUGGGAAGACCCACCAAAUGGGACAAAAAUAAGAAUGGUGUGUGAUGACAGAGGGCAGCUGGAGAAACAAAGUGAUUUUUGCCUUCUUGAGUAUCUUUGGCUUCAUAAUCUGAGGCAGGAGAGCAGGCAUAUCCCACUAGUUAGAAUCUUUAAGGGGGAAAGAUAUUUAACAUGUCAGUGCCUCUGAGAAAGGUCAGCUUUACCACCCCUGGUUGUCAGAUGCACCACACCGAGGGGUCUGACUAUAUUUCUUGAGGUAAUGUAAAAACUUAGAGGUCUAUAAGACAAUAAGGGGCUCCUUCCACUUCUCCUGGAUUCCUAGGUUAUGUCUGAAAGCAAUUUCACAAGAUAGGGAUUGGAAUUCCUCAUCUCUCCCACAUUCCUUCUUAUUUUUAAACCCCCCGAAGCUCUUUUUCCAGCCUGUGGGCUAUUUCUCAGCCCAGUGGGCGGGAUCUUAGUUGCCAGAAUACCAUUGAGCCUGGGUUUCUAGAAAAAGAGAUUGCUAUGCCCUCCAGACUUUCUCCCAACUAAUUUUGAAUGGACCUGGCUUUAAAACACACACACAUACAACACACACGUGAGAUCGCCACAAAACUGCUCACAGAGCUUUCGGCUUUCUGCAUUGACAUAAAUACAUUUUUUAAGAGGAAAAAAGAAAUUAAAAAACACCUGUUUAAUUUUAAACACAUUUUUUAAGAAAAAGAAAUAAUGAAAAAGAAACCGUGCUCAUGUCAUAAGCUAUGUUGACACUUGCCAAU